AUAUAAAAGCCAGAGUCCAACUCGUUUGAGCCCUCAGGGAAGACUAUCAUUGUUGAGACCUGACCAUGUUCUUGCUUGUCAGUUGUUUUGCUCUUGUGGCCUCCACAUUGGGCUGUGGAGUACCUGCUAUCAAGCCCCAAGUAAACGGAUACAACAAGAUUGUCAAUGGGCAUAAUGCUGUAUCUGGGUCCUGGCCCUGGCAGGUGUCACUUCAGGAUGGUAGAGGAUUUCACUUCUGUGGAGGAUCCCUGAUCAGCCAGUACUGGGUUGUCACCGCUGCUCAUUGCCGUGUGUCUCCAAGAAGCCAUCGUGUUAUCCUUGGAGAGCACGACCGUCAGUACAAUAGUGAGCAAAUUCAGGUCAAGUCAAUUAGCAGGGCCAUCACUCACCCCUACUACAACAGCCAGAACUUCAACAAUGACAUCACCCUCCUGAAGCUGUCCUCCCCAGCACAGAUGACAUCCCGUAUCUCUCCUGUGUGCCUGGCCUCCUCCAGCACCAGCAUUCCCUCUGGAACCACAUGUGUGACCAGUGGAUGGGGCAAAACCGGCCAAACCUCAAGCCCUCGCUACCUCCAGCAGACUGCCCUGCCUCUGCUCAGCCCUGAUCAGUGCAAGCAGUACUGGGGUUAUAACAGAAUCACUGAUGCCAUGAUCUGCGCUGGUGCUUCUGGAGUGUCUUCUUGUCAGGGUGACUCUGGUGGCCCUCUGGUCUGUGAGAAGAGUGGAGUGUGGUCCCUCGUGGGUAUUGUGUCUUGGGGAACCUCUAACUGCAACGUGCGCACCCCUGCUGUGUACGCCCGUGUGUCCUACCUGCGCGGAUGGAUCGACCAGACUGUUGCUUCAAACUAACAUGCAGACACACUGAUCCUGAUUCCGACUUUGAUCAUUGAGUGAUGCAUGCAUAGUCAACAUCAGUGAACACCAAGAUGUUACCAUUUCUGUUGACUCUGUACAGCAGCAAAAGCUCGCUGUACUUUGUUUGGUGCGUUCGUGAGAAAUCAUGCAUAAAAUAUAAACUCUUCAAACCUCAAA